AUGCGAACGGGCAAGCGGGCGGCAAUGCGAGCGGCCAGGCGAGCCGGCGCUCAGAGCAGGCGCACAGAGCCGGCGCUCAGAGCCGGCGGCCACAGCCGGCGCUCACAGCCGGCGCUCGCAGCCGGCCUUCAGAGCCGGCGCUCAAAGCAAAGCGGCCAGGCGAGCGGCAAGGCAAGCGGGCAGGCGAGCGGCCAGGCGCGCGGCCAGGCGAGCCAGCGCUCAAAGCCGAGCGGCCAGCCGAGCGGCCAGGCGAACAGCCAGGCGAGCGGCCAGGCGAGCGGCCAGGCGAUCGGCAUUGCGAGCGGCAAGGCGGGCCGGCGCUCAGAGCCGGCACUUAGAGCCGGCGCUCAAAGACGAGCGGCCAGCCGAGCGGCCAGGCGAACGACCAGGCAAGCGGCCAGGCGAGGGGCCAGGCGAGCGGCCAGGCGAGCGGCCAGGCGGGCAGCCAGGCGAACGGCAAGGCCAGCGGACAGGCGAGCCGGCGCUCAAAGCCGGCGCUCAAAGCCGGCGCUCAGAGCCGGCGCUUAG